CCAAAACACGGUUGCUUUUGCUAGAACAUGAAAAUUUAGUUAUUUACUGUAAUUUACUGUGAUGCAUUGAUGUAUUUAUGACAAAGUGUGAGAAUAAACAUCCAAUAAAAAUUUAAAUAAUAUACAACCAAUUAAUAUUUUAUAGUUUCAUAAGGUGUUCAUUUUUAAUUUAUAAAACUCAAUGCGGUCUUAUCUAAUGUAUUUAUAUUAAAUUAACUUUAAGAAAUAUACACACAUAAGCUAUUUUUUUAAAUUUUAAAUAGAAUUACUUCGCGUGGAAAUUAAUUCAGGAUGGUCCGUAAUAGUGAAAAUUCUGCGAGAAAAUUAUUAGCUGACCAUCCUGAAUUAAAUUUCACGUGCAGUAGAGCCGUUCAUUAAUUUUAAAUGAAAUAACUUUUUUCUAAUAUUGGUCAAAUUAUAAUCAAAGUCCUAUAGUUACACCUUUAACUUUAAAGCGCUUGUAUCUCAAGGUUCAUGUCAAGAUCAUAUUUUGUUUCAAAUUUUCUGACUAAUAAUAUUAAUGCGGGAAGAUUUUAAAAUUAAUUAUGCACAUAACUAUAGGUAUAGAAGGAAUUAUUGAAAAAAUGAUGUAAUAUUGCACUAACCUGGCUGUGAAUAGGAAGCGUUUGGUCUUGCAUAAUGUCAAGUGAACUUUAGCCGACAGACGACAGUUUUUUCCAGAGAUAGAGGUGUCACGCAGUGGAAGCGUGUUGUGCGCUAAUGCUGUUACGGUGUGCUCUGAAGGCAUUAUCCACGUUAUCGCCUGAUAUCUCAGAACCUGUAGCUUAGGAAAUUAACCAUCUGGCAUAUCAAGAAACUGCACGGAAUAUGGAUCAAUUAGCAAAAUUGUGAGAUUGAUAAAUUAAUUUUACAGCGAUGAACAUGAGCCUUAAUAAUUAUUCCAAAAAAUGUUCUCGUGUGCUCUAUAAGUAGAAAGCAAUUGCAUUUUUUACUAUAGUUAUUUAUGGCAAAUAACAAUAGUUAAUUAAUUUUCUAUUAUAGGCGAUCACAGCACGCUGCAUCACCGAUUAAUUUUUCUUUGAUGUGAAGCGCCUGUUUAUCAUUGUCGCCGCUUCUGCCCUCACCCCGUCUGCAGAUAAGAAAGUCGCAAUUGUCGCGCGGAGAGCCGCAGUUUAGGGGCUGCGUUCCAUCGGGAAUGAAAUUGAUCGGCGAGCCAGAUUUCGGCCAGGGCCACAGGCUGCUGCUCAUUUUCUGCGCCUUCUGCGGUCAGAGUUUUCUUAGUCUGACAGGAUGGCGAGCCUUCCUGAUGAAGACGCACAAAUUUACCACUGAUUUUAUCACAAUCGCAUUUCUUGCUCUGGGAACCUACAACUUGUACCUAAGCUUUCACAAGUUUUCUCUGUUUCUCUACUUCUGCGCUGGUUACAUUACCAUCUCAGAGGCCGUCUUCAGAAGCGCUUUUGUCGCAAUUAGGGAGAGAGAAUUGCUCGAGUAUUCAGUAAAAAUACAACAUUUCUUAAACCACCCGUAUGUUCAAGCCCACAAGAAAGUUAUAUCGAGGAAGCUGUCGCGCUGGCUGCUUUUCUUAAUUGUAUAUUUCAUGUUUAUGUUCGGCACCGCCUUGUACUUGAACGCUGCAGCCAUGAAUUCAACCAUGCACAAAGAAAUCGCAGCAAAGAGUUCGCAGCAUCGGUCAUUUGACAUCGUGGUCGGUCUUUCCAAGGUCCUCUCAGUCUUGAGCGGCCUCAUCUAUUUUUUGCCUCAGGAGCUUUGUGCCACCCUCAUCGUCCUAACCUGCUACUUGUACUCCUUCUUCAUGAUUGGUCGGCUUGUGUCAAUGGACCUCAUUUUCUUUUCGUGGUACUUUAACUUCCUGGAAAGUUUUGCUUUGCUGACGCAACAACUGCCGCUGGCCAUAUCGAGGGACAAAAGAGUACAAAGAGUGUCAUUGAAACAGUGGCUCUUAUUCCAGCAGGAUCUCUCAAGAUUUCUUUGUGACAUCAACAGAUUUCUUUCGCCAGUAAUUGGAGCUGUGGUGGUUCUAAGCGGCUUCAAAAUAUGCCUAUUAGCGAUCGCGUGUGUUAAAAUGGCGUUUGAAUUCAACUCAGCGUACAUGAUCCUUUCCGGCGUGAUGCUGGUUCAGAGGGUAUUUCUUUACUGCAUGAUGGGGCAGCAGAUCAAAGAAAAGAUCAGUGCGUUGCACGCCACCGCUUUCCGCAGCUCGUGGUUUGGGGCAAAAAAGCGUUUGCAAAACGCGGCACUAAUGAUUUGCUCGGCGGCCAACGAAAGAGCCGGUCUAACGCUUCCGGGUAGUCCGUUCUUCGCCCUUUCGCUCGAGUUUUUCGCCACGGUUAUGAGCGCUGUUUUUACUUAUUUCAUCGUGAUCAUUCAAAUACAAAAAUGAGCUGGUCGAGAUGAAUCAAGGAGUUAUGAAAAAACACAACUAUUGAAAAUGCCAUGCGGUUCUCAUCCCAUUUAACGCCGUAAAAUUUUCCCUGAAAACACUGAUAUCUAAGUUAUAUAAUCAUUUGAGUUAUUGAGAGCUAGAAUCCUUUUUUUCCUUUGGUAAAAUGUAAAAAAUAUAUGUCAUAUUCAUGCUGUAAAAAAUCAAUAAAUUUUUUAAGAUUCAUUAACGUGAUGUAAAAUCCAGCUAAAUAUUCGCUGUUUAUUUCUAUUUUCCUCAAUCCAUAGAUAAUGAUGACAGUGUAAAAAGUAUUGAUAAUCGUAUGCUCUCUACCAUAGAUAAUAGAAUAGUUUUAAUCAAUUAACACGUCCAGAUAGUUUUUUAACAGUAAGUAUUUAUAUGAUGCACAAUCUGCGUCAGUGAUUCACACAAUAGUUUGAGAACAUCGCAUAUAUAAUCUCCAUUUUCUACCAGCCAUCUGCUUGAUGUUUACCAUUUCUGCUAUCUAUCAUCUAAUAAAUGCCAAAUAGAAGCAAAUCACCAAAGCAUUUCUUAUGCAACUGGCUCAAAGCUUUACUGCGAUGGAGUUGAUUAAGAAUUCAUUUGUGAAGCUCAUGCAAGCUUUCCACAACAAGGGAAAAAGCAAGCUCCAUGGAAGAUGCGUACGGAUUGUGCUGUUAUUGAACGCUCUCCUGGGAUUCCCCUUCGCAUGGAGUGUUUUGAACGUGAAGCACCGCUCCUGCCAGUACUACCUGUGGAGGAUCACCUUCGUUUUCAGCAACCUAUCGAUGAUCGCAUACACCCAUCACUCUCUCCAUUAUUUCGCACUGAUGGUCAAGAAUGACAAAUUGGAAAUAUCAACCCUUGCGUUUGUCGUUGCGAGCAGCGUCAGCGUCGUUUUAACAUUCGUCAAAUCACUGUGCGCUAUUUCCAAACACUCGAAAUACGUGGCUCUUUUCAAGUUCAUAAAAACGUGUGAUCAGAUCGAUGCCAAGAGCACCUUCAAAGCUGCCAAAAAAUGCAUUGUCUACCUUAUUUUCCACGCGGUCGUAUUUGCCGCAUUCUUCAUUAUCACUAUUAUUAUGGCCUUUCAGUUAAUAGAUGUGCUCUUUGAUAAAAGGUAGGCCUGCGUUUGAAAAAUUGAAAACGUUUGUUUUAUAUUAAUUUAAAUUUUUUAUUUUUAGGACAGGAAGGUACAUCUUUAAUGCGACGGAAACAGAUAAAACUUUGAAAUACAUGGAGAAAUUUUCAACGCUUCAAGAAUACAUGUCCACACUGUCACCAACAAUUUUUAUUUUUCACAUUUUCUUAAGCAUAUUUUUCGGAGUGAUUGAGCUGUUCAAGCUCACAAUCUGCGAUGCCAAUAAUCAUUUUUUCUACUUUAUUGUCAUCUCAAUGCUUUGUGGAUGUCGUGACGAUGUAACAAAAUAUUUUCAGUCUGGAAACAUCCUGCACAUUGAAAAGUGGCUCAACAACUAUCAUCUUUGCAUGAGAUUCUUGCAAAAAAUCAACAACUUGACAGCGCCUAGCGUGAUCGCGACUGUUGUUUUAUGUACUUUUCAAGUCUGCUUGUCUGAUUACAUUGCUGCUAUGGGCGUUGUCGAUCCGUACCACGCUUUCAGUUUCUUUGUCAUCGGAGUCCUGUCUUUACUGCAAAUAUUUAUUUAUUGUUACUUGGGCCACAAGAUUCGCCAAGUAGUUUCUGAAAUCCACACUACCGUGCACAGGGGGCAAUGGACCCGACAGCCAAAACAAAUUCAGCACGCGAUAAUGAUGAUUGCGAAUUUGACUGACGGGCCAAACUGCAUGCCGCGCAUCGGCGCUCCGUUUUUCGAUCUCUCCAUGGAAUUUUUCGUUUCGAUUAUCGGUGUCACGAUAACCUAUCUUCUGGUCCUACUGCAGUUUAAGUAAUAUUGUAAUCGGAAAAAUGAAAAGUCUAAUUACAAGUGUAUGCAGAAGUUUAAAUAAAAUAAUACCUAAAC